AAUAUUUAACAUCCAUUUAUCUAGACAGGUAAUAAACGUCAUUAAAAAUGAAUACAAAAAUAAAUCUAUUGAAAUAAAUGUUAGACUGAAAAGGGAAUAUCGGAAACCACCUUUAAUUUUAAUUGAAAUAACAAUUUCUACAAAUAUUUGCAAGUUGACGACAUGUCAUCGAAAAUAUCAUCAACAAGGGAAAUCAGUCUGAAGAAAGUUUUACUAGAAGAAUCGGAAUCAGAAGAUGACGAAGAAAGCUAUGAUAAAGUUGUAAUUACAGAGAAACUUUUCCAAAAUUAUGAUGGGAAUAAGAAUGACGUUUCCAGAAUCGUGGAACUUGUGGAGAAUGGAGAAGUAGACUGUUUAAUAUGUAUUCGAAGAGUGAGAAGUGACAGUAAAAUAUGGAAUUGUAGUAACUGUUACUGCACAUUCCAUCUUUUGUGUAUUCAAAAGUGGGCAAAUGACUCAAUAAGCCAAAAGCGAUUGUACUUUGAGAAUCAACCUUUGGGAUAUUACAAUAAUGCGGGUGUGUAUAUACCUAGGAAAGAGUCUUCUAUUUAUUGGGAUUGUCCUCAGUGUCGUCUUCAGUAUACUGACAUUCCGAGGGUUUACGAAUGUUACUGCGGAAAGGAACGCGAUCCAUUACCACAACCAUUUCUAAUUCCACACUCUUGUGGUGAAGUCUGCGGUAGACCAUUAAAUAAUCCUCAAUGUGGACAUGUUUGUUACUUAUUAUGUCACCCAGGACCCCAUCCAACCUGCCCACAAAUUCUUCAAAAGUCUUGUGAAUGUGGGAAAUCUCCAAUAAAAUCGAUUCGUUGUUCUCAACAAUAUUGGAGUUGUAACAACAUUUGCUUAAAGAAACUAAGUUGUGGUCACAAUUGUGGAGGGAUUUGUCAUAAAACUUGUCCACCAUGCAAUAAAUCUAGUGUAAGAUUUUGCUUAUGUCGCGGUAGUUCAAAAGAAAUCAAAUGUAAGCAGGAAUUUUGGAGCUGUCAGAAAGUGUGCAAGAAAAUUCUAUCUUGCGAUGUUCAUCUUUGUGAAAAAAAGUGUCAUGAAGGUGACUGCGGCUCUUGCAUUUAUGGAUUGAAACGUUCAUGCUUUUGUGGUAAACAAUCAUUCAUAUCGGAAAGUUGCGGGAAUUUCACAAUAGAAUCAUGUGGCGAUACUUGUUUAAAGCCUCUUGCUUGUGGUAAUCCGAAACAUUUGUGUUAUAUGAGAUGUCAUAAAGGAGAAUGCGACACUUGCAAGGAAUUAAUCGAGAAAAAUUGUCGUUGUGGUGCAAUAACGAAGAAAUAUCCGUGCUCGAAAGAACUUUUAUGCGAGACUAAAUGUAAGAACAUCAAAAGCUGUAAAAAGCAUAAUUGCAAUCGUAAAUGUUGCGUUGAGUGUUUGCCAUGCGAUAGAAUAUGCUCAAAAACACUUUCUUGCGGUAAACAUAAAUGCAAUGCUUUAUGUCAUGGUGGGAAUUGCUAUCCAUGUUCAAUUAAAAAACAGAUAAAAUGUCGAUGUGGAGCCACAAGUGUUUCUGUAGUCUGUGGACGAAAGAAUCGAAUUCCAAAAUGUCGAGAAACCUGUAAGUUACCUUCAAAGUGUCAUCACGAUCCUUCACCACAUAAAUGUCAUUUUGGCGAGUGUCCACCAUGUACACAAACUUGCGAUGAACUUCUACCGUGCUCGCAUAAAUGUUUAGCAAACUGUCAUGACUUUGUUAAAGUCGUUAAAAAAGAUAAAAGUUUUAUCCCAAAACUUCCUGGUGAAAUUGCUGAGCAGAUAGUGGAGAUGAAGAAAAUUGAUCAUCCGCAAUGUUUUACAAAAGUCCAACUUGAGUGCCUUGGAGGUCACGAAAUUGUACAUAUGAAGUGUCACGAAGCAAAAGUCUUUUCUUGUGGCAGAUCCUGCAACCGAAAAUUGGAAUGUGGAAAUCAUUUUUGUCAGUUAAAUUGCCAUUCAGUAAACGAACCAAAGAGUGAAAAUCAAGAUGCAAAUUGUGAAGAUUGUGACAAGCCAUGCGAGUUCGAGAGAUUUUGCCCGCACCCAUGUCAAAAUCCAUGUCAUCCAAACGCUUGCAAGAAAUGCCGCAUUCAAGUCAAAACAAAAUGUUUCUGUGGAUUGAAUGAUGCUUAUUUUCGUUGCUGUGAUGUUUUUAAAAAGGGUUUGAAUAACGAUGAAAUCGAUAAUUUGAAAGCUAAAUAUUUAUCGUGUGGCUUGAGAUGUAUUAAAAAUUAUUCUUGUGGUCAUCAAUGUGUUGCUGUUUGUCAUAAUGGAGAAUGUCCCGAUGAAGAAUUUUGCAAGAAAAAAGUUAAACUAAUAUGUGAAUGCAAAACAAGGAAAAUUGAAACAACAUGUGACAAAGUAAGAGCCGAAAAGCUUCACAUUCUUCCAUGCGACGAAACUUGUGAGGAGAAAAGAAAGAAAGCUGAAGAAUUGAAAGAUAUUGAGCGAAAAAAACAGGAAGAGUUGGAAGCUGAGAGAAACAGACAGGAACUUGAAGCAUAUGAAAAGAAAAUUGGCGGCAGAAAACACCGAGAAAGAAAGCCGAGAUUUAUUGAAGAAGAAAAGUCAAAUAAGAAUGUUGUUUAUAUCUUGAUUGUAAUUUCGGCAGUUGUUGCUGUUGUCAUAGGAUAUUUAAUGACAAGUAUGUAGAUCUAAGAAAAUAUCUGAAAUAGAUUUCUUUAAUUCUUUUUUAAUAUA